GAAUGCCACUAUCCGACGUUCAGCAGAUAUUACACGACGCAACCGAGACCCUACAACCCGACACUGCGCCGUCCAUUCUAUCAGCUAUUCUCCACGUCUUUCUUCGUGAACGAUCACGACCGGCGGAUCCCGACUACAUUUCGAACGCAGCGUGCGCUGCCCUGCUGUCUGAGCGGCCUGAGCUGUACGACCUGCUUGAGAAUGCGGUGGCCACACAGCAGUACUCUGAUUUAUGGGAGUGUGACGCACUUGCGUUUCGUGACAAUGACCUACGAACUCGCCGCCCUUAUUACCCGUCGGAGCAGAAACUCGAAAGAGAAUUGGCCGACUUCCUUCACCGACAUCGCGGGACCAUAGCAACAUUUGCAAGAUCGCCUUGUCCAACCAAGCCGUGGAACCCCUCGCCACCCACCCCUCCUGGCUCUUCAUCUUCAGAGGACGACUUUAUAUCAGCACUUAACAUCCCUGAUACGAGCGCUGAGCGCCCUUGUCUACUGUUACACGAUCUUGGCCUCUCGGAACGCUCGGAAAGCUUGCGUCAGCGUAUCAACAACAUAUUCUGUCCACAACACCAUACCUUGUUCAUCAAUGCGUCCGGCUCAGGGAAAACUCGGCUGAUCUUCGAAGGUCUUACGCAGCAUUGGGGCUUCUACAUUCCCUCCGUGUAUAACAUAUCGACCUACAUAGGGUCGCAGGACAUGCACGAGUGCCUCACCAACAACAUGUCUCCAAAGCGUAAAUUCCAACCCUAUCCACCCUGGACGAAGUCGACGUUCGAUAAGAACUCAUGGGUCACGCGAAGCACCGUCUUACGCCUCCUACUAUCUCGCCUUAUCCUCUUUAAGGCCUUUUUGGACGAGCUUGAGGACACCUCGGCUCUCGAAUCUCGCCGUCGGUGGCUACUCUUCCAGGCGCUGACCAGCAAACACGGCCCUGUAGAUCUAUUCGAACAGGUCACUACAAUGGUCGACGAAGUUCCCGAAACCUAUGUCAAGCGCAUGCUCGAUGACAUCCUCCUCGACGUCAAGGCCAGAUGCGAUGGUCCACGCACGAACCUUUUCUGUGUGCUCGACGAUGCAGAGCGCGCAAACAAGGCUUUUCCGGGCGCCUUCGGUCCGGAGAGUUCCGCGCUACGCGAGAUAGCGCGCGCAUGGGAAGACUGCGAAGGAAUUACACUAAUUCUGGCGGGCACGAACAUCUGGGUGGACCCAUUCCGUCGCGAGGGGGAUCGAGAAUAUCGUAUCUGUACAGACACUGGUGCUUUCGAUACACCCGAGAGUCAGCGCGCCUACGUGACGCGCUAUCUACCUCCACAUCUCGCGCAUCUCGCAAACUCGACUGCAGUACGAGGCCUCUUGCAUCAAAUGUGGCAAUGGCUGCGCGGACGUUACCACUUCACGGAAGGCUUUGUUGCCGCUCUUCUGAUCUCGCGCUUCGAGCAGCCCCUUGUUCUUCUUAAAAGAUAUAUCUCGUACUUUGCAACCGUCACCCUUCCACGCGCCACGAUGUCGGAGCUUGACGAGCAACUUCCCGAGUUCGCUUCCGACGCGGUGUUUCUACAGGAGCCUUUUCGCUCCCUGAUAGUGAUGGAAGAUAGACAGUUAUUCUUCGCAGCCCAGUACACGCUCUUCAAGAUUAUGCUCCAAGGCGAAGACACUAUCAGAUUGACGGAGCUUUGUUACCACUUGGUCGCGCAAGAGCUGUCUAUAUUCAUCGACCCUUUUGGGACGGAGGCGGCUAUCUGCGAGCCAUGUGUGGUGCUGCCGUUGGUAGAGCCGGUUUUCCGCGAGCCCGGCAUUGUCAACGGCUUUUAUCCGGACGAACUUGCAUCCAUUUUCGAGAGCCCGCCAUCAUAUAGCACAUAUCACCUUGCGUUCAUCCCCGUGUUCGUGCAAGCGCUGAAGGAGAACCAAUACCGGCUGUGCGAUCUUUUCACCUUCCCAGGCGGAGGCCCCGAUUGGGCAACGCAGACGGCGGAGCUCGUGCGCGUCAAACAGAAGAACGGGAAGCUGUACACCGCCGUCUUCUCCAACUCGUUCUCCGCGAUGAAGCGCGACGACGCAUGGGCUACAGACUCGUCGGCGUGGCUUCAGCACGAGACCAGCGCGCCGUUCUGUCUCUCAUCUGACUUCAGCAACGCCGAGCUCAUCUUCGUCAUGCGUCUCUCCGAUGGCCGGUCGCUCUACGUCGUACUCACCACCGUGUUCAAGAGCGCGCGUGUCGAUCCCCCACUAGCCGGCAUUCAGGCGCGGCUUUCGCGAAUGACACCAAAUCAGAUCUUUCGGACCGCCCAGUCCCAAGCGUCGAAUGGCUUGCGCUUCGGCGACCUACCCAACCCAGUCAAGGAAGCUGGCAACCCACCCGUGCUGCGCCUCAUCGCGACCUUCCCAUUCGAUAUAGACAUCAACGACCUGAAGCGCGGUCGCGCCAAGCAGCCCAUUGCCACCGUCAACACGUCCGUCCUCCGCGACUACGCCGGCUCGUUCACUGUUGAGGACAUCGAGCGACGGCUCACGAGCGUCAUGACCGCGCCUCGGAAAGUCGACAGUGCUAAGCGCAAGCAGCCAGAUACGCCCGCCGCGGACGACGACGCAGAGGCGCAGCGCUACCACACUCGCUCCGUGACGAAGAGGCUGUCGGGCGCGCAGGACGUCCGCAGGAGCGUCCGACUGGUGCCAGUUACAGCGCCUAAGACCCCGAAGCCGCCCAAAAGGCAAGCGGUGCCUUCUCGAGCGCAGGCGGCGCCACCGAAGCGGAGAAGGACUUCCAAGCGCUAUUGAUUCUCUACUCGAAAGGUCAUCGUUGUGUGUUCAUGUUGUAUCGUCGGCGCUCAAUCGCCUGUUCUUGCAUAUCUGCUUUCCUAUCUAUUCCCUUCGCACGUUCGUCUUCGCCUUCUAGCCAUUGCUUUUACCUUUCCGCCGUAUGGACCUGAUUACUGUGUAUACCCCAGGCUAUCACCUCCGGCAUCUUCGUGUUCGUGGACGAACUCUGAUUAUUCGCUUUCUACUGCUUUUCGAAUGCUGCAUUGCUUUGUUUAUCUGGAACCUACGGAAGCAGAUGGUGCAUGCAUACGCGCUGGAUGCACUGGUCAAUUCGGGGGCCCUGACGCCGCAAUCCAACUAUACGCUGUGACUGUUGGGGCUCCGUACUCACCUAUCCCCUUUUGCCAUAACUGGCGUUGAUGUUGACAACGAUGCGGGACCGCUCACCACUGGAUGCCUGCUGAAACC